GUGUCUAUAUGUGUAUAUGUGUGUAUGUGUAUAUGUGUAUUAAUGUGUUUGUGUGUGUGCAUGCGUAUGUGUGUGUGUGUUUGCAGUGGGCCAGCCAGAUGGCGUUCCCCAGACGGAGGAGGCAAUGACGGGGCCUCUCAUUGCUGUGGAGACUAACGGAGGCGAGGGGGCGGGGCAUCUGAACGGAGGUGCAGAGCAUCCAGACGAGGGCGGGGCCGCAGAGGCUGACAUCACCAUGGAGACGGAGAAGGAGGCGACGGAGGAGAAGAAGGAGGUGGAGCCUGCUGAGGAGGAGGUGGGCUUCAAGAAGAUCUUUCGCUUUGUGGGCUUCAAGUUCACUCUGAAGAAACAGGAGAAGAAGGAGGAGGAGGAGCCUGUCAAACUGCUGACCGUGGAAAAGAAAGAGGAGGAGAAGGUGACAGAGGAGGCCACGGAGGCGGUGACAGAGGAAGAGGCCAAGGAGGCGGUGACUGAGGAAGAGGUGGCCAAGGAGGCGGUGACAGAGGAGGCCAAAGAGGAGGCGACAGAGGAGGCCAAAGAGGAGGUGACUGAGGAGGCCAAAGAGGAGAAAGCCAGUGAGGAGCAGACAGCAGCGGCAGCUCCUGAGGAGCCUGCAGGAGACCAGGAGGCGGAGACAACGCCGGUGAAGGAAGAGGAGCCUCCUGUUGUUAGCCCCGCCCCCCAGGAGAGCCAAUCAGCUUUCAAGAGGUUCUUCACCCAGGGCAUCUUCUCCAACCUGCGGAAGAAGAGCAGCAUGAGGAGGAGCAAAGAGGAGGAGGAGAAGAAGGAGGAGGCCAAGCCGGAGGAGGAGACACCCCAGGAGAAAACAGAGGAGGCAACCAAAGAGGAGGUGCCAGAGGGGGAGAAGAAAGUGGAGGCUGAGACUUUAGUGGAGGAGGAGGUGAAAGAAGAGGAGGUGAAAGAGGCAGAGGUGUCAGAGGCGCAGCAGGAGGUGUCGGAGGUGGUGUGUCCAGUGGUGGUAGAGGAGGCGGUGGCUGCCGAGCUAAUCGAGGAAGUGGCAGUAACUGCGGGCGACGCUCCUCUACAGGCAGAGGCAGCUGCCACUGAAGCCAUCACCGAGGCAACUGCAGAGGAGCAGGCGGAGGUGGUUGCCACAGAGGUUACUGUGGUGGCAGCAGCAGAGGAGGCCAAAGCAGAGCAGGAGCCAGUGGUCACCUCCUCUCUUGAGGCCAGCUCCUCUGUAGAGAUCACCUCCUCUUCAGAGGGAGCAGCUCAAGAGAUCACCUCCUCACAGGAGAGGAGGGGGAGCCCCCUGAAGAAGCUUCUGAGUGGUGCGGGACUGAAGAAGCUCUCCUCCAAGAAGACGCGCGCCAAGAAAACGCCAAAGAAGGAGGCGCAGGAAGAGGAGCCCAAGAAGGAGGAGGAGCCUGUUGCCGAGCAACCGUCAGCCCCUGCUGCUGAAGAGGUGGACGUGAGCUCAGAGGGAACCAAAGAGGAGGUCAAAGAGGAGAUCAAAGAGGAGGAGAAGGAGGAGGUCACAGCGGCGGAGGUAACGGAGGAGGCCACAGAGGAGGUGAAGGAGGAGGCUGCUGCUGCUCCCGAGGAGCCCAAGAGGAAGAUGGACACGUCCAUGUCGUGGGAGGCGCUGAUCUGCGUGGGCUCCUCCAAGAGGCGCGGCAGGAGGACCUCGGACUCGGAUGAGGAGGAGGUACCCGAGGAGGUGGUGCCAGCCUCCGCUGAGGAGACCAAGCCGGGUGUGGAAUCCCCUCUGGCCGCCUCGCAGGAGCAGCCGGAGCAGCAGGAGGAGACACAACAGGAGGAGGAGGCACAGCAGGAGAAGACACAGCAGGAGGAGCAGCAGGAGGUGCAGGCCAGCGUCUCCUCCCCAGAGGAAGGGGAAGGGGAGCAGCCUGUCUCCACGUGGGAAUCCUUCAAACGUCUCGUCACCUCCCGCAAGAAGCGGCCGAGUGAUGAGAAACUCACCUCCUCUGGGGAGCAGGAGGCAUCAGGUGAAUACUAUUCUAUACUAUGCUACUAUACCAUAGCCUACUACACCUACACCACACUACACUACGCUACAUUGUACUACCAUGAUACUACACUACACUAUACUAUGCUACUAUACCAUAGCCUACUACUAUACCAACACCACACUAAACUACACUACACUACACUACACUAUGCUACAUAA